UCCGGGUUAGGCCACGCCCCCUCACUCCUACCUGUCGAGCAAGGUAAAAACUCCCAGCUCCCACCUGGACAAACGCUGGAGUCAACAUGAGUCUGCCGGACUACAAAACCUCUGAGAAACAUUCUUCAUCCGCAGUUCCACACUCUCCAGUCGUGAGGUUAAAUGUCGGGGGUCACCUGUUCAGCACCUUUCUGAGCACGCUCAGGAAACACCCCGACUCCAAGCUGGCUGAGCUGUUUAGCGGACAACCCAAACUACGCACAGACGCAGAGGGUCGACACUUCAUCGACCGUGAUGGUUCGCACUUCGGAGCCGUCCUCGACUUCCUGAGAUCAGACUGGCUGCCUACAGAGAACAUCCAGGAGGUUCACAGGGAGGCGGUGUACUACAACAUCAAACCACUCAUCAAACGUUUGGAGGAAACUCCUCAGUUAUUUGGAGAGCUGGUGGGAAGGCAGCAGUUCCUCUCCAGAGUCCCACACUACAAAGAAAACAUCGAGGUGCUGAUUCGUAUCGCCAGGGCCGAGGCCAUCGCCGCUCGCCACUCCACCAUCAUGAUCUGCGUGCUGCGGACGGAGGAGGAUUUGGGUUUCUAUGACAACGCCAUCAACAGCCUGGAGGCGGAUAAGGAGUCGGUGGUGACGUUCGGACCAUGGAAGGCCGCCCCGUCCGUUCAAGACCUGCUGGACUGUGUAAAGAUGGACAUCGAGACUCAGGGCUACAGGGUGAGCGUCCAGCAACACGUGAUGGAGAAGAGCUUCCUGUCCAGGAGCUACGACUACUUUUACAAACUCGUAUUCACCUGGUGGUGAUCAGAGUGCUGCAGCAAACUGCAAACUGUACACACUGUUUCUGAAAACAAAAAUAUUUUAGCCGCUGACAGGCUCAGAUUGUUAUUCUAAUAAAUGGGAAAGAUGUUA